AAAAUAUCUAGAACUUCAGAAACUGUGUUUCUCAUUGGAUUUCUGAAGUUUCCAAACUGAAUGUUGCAUUUUCUUCUUCAUAAAAUACUCUCUUCUUUUACGUUAACAUUGAAAAAAUUAGAUGUAUGAGGCACGCAAUUUCUAUGGUAAUGCCGCCGGCACUCGCCUCUUCUUCAAUGAAAGGGACAGUGACGUAUCCAUCAGAGUGGAAUGGGAGGGCCAGAAGUGGCAAUUUCCUGGGCACAAACUUGUGCUCUGUACCAUGAGCGACGUCUUCCGCACCAUGCUUGAGACGGAUAUGCUAGAGAAGAGCAGCAACAUUAUCACCAUCAAAGAUUCCUGCCCUUAUGCCGUCAAGCAAUUUCUCAAGUAUCUGUACAUGGGGACUGUGGAUUUUACCAACUGGCUGCAGGCCGUCAACUUGUUGAAAAUAGCUCACAAAUACAGCGUCCAAACUCUCAUCAGUUUGAGUGAAGCCUACUUGAUAACAACUGUUGUCUUCUCCAACGCUUGCUCAUUAUACGAACUCGCACGUACGUAUUCCUUGAAGCUACUGAAGAAGCACACCCAGUUGUUCAUAAUGGAUUCCGGAUUUAUAGUUUCGGCCACUGAAGGAUUCUUCAAUCUGAGGCCCCGCAGUUUAGAGACUUUUCUCAGCAGUUCACUCUUCAACAUGGAAAAUGAAGGAACCGUUCUGACUUGUCUCAGAGAAUGGGCAGUUUGCGAAUGUUCGCGCAGAUGCAUGGCGUUGUCGAGAUCUAAUGUCCUGUCUGCUAUGGAGCCUUAUUUUAAAUACAUUCGAUGGACGCUCAUUCCAGAGUCGCACCGGACAUUCGUUCCUCAAAUCUUAGCUGAAAAAUAUAAAGACGAUGACCUACCUCCCCGGCGAGCAUUUCGUGUGCCCAAUUCUCUCCAAUUCCAUAUCAACUACGUCAAAUUUGUGGUAGAAUUGGGGGCAUUUUAUGAACAGAUCGGAUCGCAUGACCAGAAUAUCUGCAUCUCAAAGUUCACAAUUGACAAUCACGUCUUUAUGGCAGGUUUUCGGAUAGUUGGGCUGUUUAAGGCAAAAACAACAUUUCUCUCGUUUCCAUGCUUCUUAACACUUUCAAGAGAAGAAAAUAAAACACUUAUCCAAUUCAAUCUUAAUUCCUUGGCUUGGACCAAAGGCGCAAAUGCAGGUAACGAGAUCUGGCAUGAGAUGAUUGCUUACCUGCCUUACCCGAUUCGAUUAGACCCUUUCAGCACUUAUACCCUGACAUUGAGAAUAAGGCGUAGCAAAGAAAUAGAAUUCGCCAAGUGGCCGAGGACAAGACUGGAUUCAGAGAUUGUCGUAUCCGACCUGGGGAGUAUCAUUUUCAAAUCAUUUGGUUGCUGCUUCGGUUUGACUCAGCUGUUCAUUUUGCCAGCUUCUCCGUACAGAAACAUUUGCAACACAGAAUUAGACUGAUCCUAUUGGCUGAUGGUCCUGUUGAAGACAACUGAGCUGGACUCUGAUUGGCUCAUGCUGCAGCUGGAAAACUGGAACGAUGCUGGCACAUCGUUCUGGACAACCAAAUGGAUGAAUAUUUGGUUAAUUUAUCUUAUUAUCAUAUUACAUAAUAAGAAGAGAUAUUGAGCAUGCCGUUUUAUAUAACCUUGUUAAAUCUUGUUGGAUUUUAUGCGAUCAUGUUAAUGUUGAAUGUUUUAGUCGCAAGAGAGGCUUUGGAAAAAGAAUCGAAUUGAUCGAUUGAUCUAUCAAAGGGAUUAAUCAUUCUUCAGUUCAUGUUUAGGAAUGCUUGAUUCAACGGUUGUAUUUCCUAAGAGCUCGAUUUAAUUAGUUUAUGUAAGAUGGUUGAGAGCACAAUGAUUCAGAUGAAUCUCAUUCCUCAAUAGUGAUGGAUUUGAUAAUUGAUCUAAAUAAAAUUUGGCAUAAAUUCGAAAUAUUUGCAUCAUAAACAUCAAAAUUAUCUUUUUAUUGAAUUAUUGGAUCAAUAUCUAAUCGGCAUACUAAAGGAAAUUUUGAAACAUUUUGAAUCGCUUUUGUAUUAGAAUGGACUUGAUUUACAAAUCGGUUAAGAAUGUUAAAUUAAUUUCUUUGAAUCAUAUUCCUUAAACAUGAAGCUGUAGUUACAUUUGAUGAUUUUUCAUGCAUUUCUCUUGCUAGUUUUAAUAUGCUUAAGAAUUUUUACAUCUCGUGGUUUAGCGCAUGUAAUUUUGUGUAUUGAAUUAUUUUUAUUUUUUCAUAUGAAAAAUUUUGUAAUGAAAACAAAACCUUCGUAUGAAUUAUAUUUUGCCAUUUUUAUGCAUGUAGAUUGAAGAAUUUUAUGAAUUUCAAGAAAACGGAUAUUGAAUCGUUGAAUAUUGUCUUGAAA